AUGUCUCUUUACCGCAUAGGUGUCGACGUGGGCGGCACAAACACCGACGCUGCCAUCCUCGACAUUACAGCCGCAGAGACACCAGGUCGCGGUGUGCUGGCUUCCCACAAGGCCUCGACUACACCAGAUAUCACCACUGGCAUAGAAGCUGCAAUCCGCGCUGUCAUUCAGAGCUCAGCAAUCGACCAGAAACGAGUACUGAGUGUAACCAUAGGCACAACGCACUUCAUCAAUGCACUUGUUGAGGCUGACACGCGACGGCUUAGCAAGGUCGCUGUAGUCCGUCUCUGUGGGCCCUUUACAAGACAGAUUCCCCCAUUUUCGGACUUCCCCUCUGGCCUUCAUCGAAUUCUCGAUGGCGGAGUCUACUAUCUCGAUGGAGGGCUGGAGAUCGAUGGUCGGGAGAUUGCGCCGCUCGACCAUGAGCAGAUUCGCCAGGCGGCAAGAGAUAUCGUCGCGUCUGGGGUGAGAUCAGUUGCCCUAGUCGGCAUCUUUUCACCGCUGGAUCAUUCUGGUCUGCAUGAAGAGACUUGUAAAAAGGUCAUGCUGGAAGAAGUGCCCGGUCUCGACGUGGUUUGCUCCCACGGCAUAGGCCCGCCGGGUCUUUUGGAGCGAGAAAACGCGACAAUUCUCAAUGCCGCAAUUCUGAGAACUGCACACAAGGUCACUAGAGGCUUCAAAACCGCGAUAGCACGGCUGGAGCUUGCGUGUCCGCUAUACCUGUCGCAGAACGAUGGCACACUCAUCGAUGCUGAUACGGCAGCCGAGUUCCCCAUCAAGACCUUCGCCAGCGGUCCGACAAAUAGCAUGACUGGAGCGGCUUUUCUCGCCGGACUCGAUCAAGCGAAGAAGAUGACCACAGAUCCUACCGAUACCUCGGAAAAGGGGAAAGUGGAGCCUCAAGUGCUCGUCGUUGACAUCGGUGGCACAACAACAGACGUAUGUGCCUUGCUGCCGUCUGGCUUCCCUCGACAGGCGCCUGGCUUCGUGGAAGUCGGUGGUGUGAGAACGGCAUUCUCAAUGCCCGAGGUCGUCUCAAUUGGACUAGGUGGCGGCAGCAAAGUGAAGAUGGACUCCGAAUUUGGGGUUGUCACAGUUGGCCCAGGGUCAGUUGGACACUUCCUCACUGAGCAGGCGAGGAUCUUUGGCGGUCCAACACUCACAGCAACGGAUGUUGUGGUGGCUUCUGGGAAAGCGAAGCUGGGAGACGCGAGCCUCAUUAAAGACAUCCCAAGCUCAACUAUAAAAGAGGCGCGUCAGAAGAUCAAGAAGAUGUUGGAAGGUGUUAUUGAGCAGAUGAAGGUUUCCGCUGCCCCUGUACAUGUUCUUUUGGUGGGAGGCGGUGCUCUUCUCGUCACAGACAAUCUCGAAGGCGUCGAGAAGUGCAUUCAGCCUAUCCACCAAGGCGCCGCUAAUGCCGUUGGCGCUGCUAUUGGCAAGGUUUCUGGCGAAGUCGACGUGAUUGAGAUCCUCGAGGGAAGAGACGAAAAAGUAGUUGUUGCAGCGACGUGCCAGAAGGCUAUCGAUCUAGCCGUCCAGAAGGGCGCAGCUUCUACAGACGUCCGCGUUGUCGAGGUGAACAAGAUGCCGCUUCAAUACGUCGAUAACGGAGCCAUGAGGAUACAAGUCAGAGCUGUUGGGAAAUUGAGCGUGCCCGAGGAUCCCAAUACCUUCCCUGAGAGCAUGGCGCCAAUUGGAGAAGAGGAUGAGGAGGCCGAGGUCCCAAAAGAGAGUAUACCAGACGCUCUCGAGCCUACCACCAAGCCCUCCCUGCGGGUGGAUCUCGAGAUCUACCGGCCUGACAUCCAAGCAGGGGUCUGGUAUGUCUCAGAGGUAGAUCUGGAGUUGAUUUCUACGGGUUGUGGUGUGCUAGGAACUGGUGGCGGAGGUCCAACCCACCACGAAUUCCUCAAAAGUCUGCAUGUCCUACGCAACAGCGAGCCAGGCAAGAUGAGGAUUAUAUCACCCUCAUCCCUCGCCGACACUGACACCGUAUGCUUUGGUUCCUGGUAUGGCACCCCGAGUGUUAUCAACGAGAGAAUUGCUGGUGGCUCUGAGAUCCCCAGCGGUAUCGAUGCCAGUUCCGACACGCCAAUUCGCCUGGAGCGAUUCCUGCGCACGGCAGCAAUUGAGCUCGGCCUCGGAUGCGCCGUUUGCGCUAGGCCGCUACCCGGCUCGGCCAUAAAGUCCCACGGCGUCCCCAAUACCGUAUCGCAAGCCUGGUAUCUAGGUCGUGCAGUUCAUAUGGCACGGAAGAGGAAGUCUAGCUAUGUCGAUGCCAUCUUCGAAGUAUGUGCUGGGAAACUUCUGUUUACAGGCAAGAUCAUCGAUGUAAGGCGAUAUGUGGGUGGUGGAUACACGAUGGGCAGCGUCCUCAUCGCCCCCCUUGCCGACGAAGAAAAGGACUCCGAGACAAAGAACACAUCGCUUCCAGACUGGCAUAUGCUCAUCCCGUUUCAGAAUGAGUACCUUAACGCUGCUCUCACAGACGCAGAGGGUUCAGAAAGCGGCCAUCAACAGGUGGUGUGUACGGUGCCUGAUCUGAUCUCGAUUCUGGGCCAAGAUGGGGAAGCUAUCGGGUCUCAGGAUCUCCGCUACGGCUUGCGUGUUAAUGUUAUCGCGCUACCUGCUCACCCUCUCUGGAAGACGGAGAAAGGUAUGCCCGUAGGGGGACCUCAAGCCUUUGGGCUUAGCAUGCCGUUCGUUGGGGUUGGAGAGUAUACCGAGCCCAGGAGUGUCAUUGAGGAGUAUGGGAUGUAG